CCACGAAGAUCGUCUCCCAUCUUCAUGCGGCGGGAGGCGGUGACGUUUGCACUUCUUCUCAUGACCAUAACAGACUUCUUAAUGGAUUCAUCUUAGAGCAACAUUAUCAAGACAUUUGAACACUUCUUAUGGGCGAUCCUUACCCAAUAUUGGCCCAAAAUUAAAUAUAAAGUCCAGUUAAAUGAAGGAGACGAUUUUUAGGUAAGAAGUUUUUUGACUUCGUUCUUCUGUCACGUGUCAUUCUAUGAUACGUUUUGUGAAGCGGUAGAGGGUCUCGUCAUUUUGCUCUGGAUCUAUUCUCUCCGUCUCCCUCUUCUCUCUCUCUCUCUCUCUCUCGAUCCGUAGACGGCAAUUCGCUGGAAGUGAAGAAUCAUCGGUCCACAUCGAUCGAUCGUUUAAUCUCGGCAUCGAAUCUGCACCAGGUUCAUAUUACUCUCUCUCUCCGUCUCCCUCUUCUCUGUCUCUCUCUCUCGUAUCGAUUUUGUGGAUAUAAUUCUGGGAUUAUCGAUUAUGUGUUUCUAAUAUUUUGCAUGCUUUGGAUUUGAUCAAGGUCCACGGAGUUUGGGUUUAGGGUUUCAUCGUCUCUUCCUUCUCUCGCUGUCGACGGGUACUUCCGCCGCCGUCGUCUAUUCUCAUCCAUCUCGCCUCUCUUCUUUCUCCGGUUGGAAACCAUCUCCGCCGCCGUCACCAACAUGUUUGUCUUCUUUCUCCGUCCUCCGUUAGCUAUAUAGAGGAAUCAUUUAAACAAAUAGAUUCGUGAUUCGCCUUUUGGUUGUAUAUGAUUGUAUAGUGAUCUGUGUUUUUAGUGAAUUUUUCUUAUACUUGAUUGAUUAGGGAACUUUAGUUAAAAAAAUAUGCUUGAUUGAUUAGUGAACUUUAGUUAAAAAAAUAUGCUUGAUUGAUUAGUGAACUGAAUUUUGAGUUCUAUACUUGAUUGAUUAGUGAACUGAAUUUUGAUUGUAUAGUUGAUGGAGAGCCACGUUAUAUGUUGUGAUCUAUACUGAAUUUUGAUUCUAUACUUGUUGUUUCAGAUACAUUGGCUUCAUCAUUGACAUGUGUUAUUUUAGUUGGUGUGUAAAUUGAAGUAAGUAGGUUUCGACAUUUAAUGAAAACGUUGUACUGACUUUUUUACUUAGUUUGGUUUCGAAGGAGUGUUACUUGGCAAAGUUUUGUAGUUAGUUUGCUUGGUUUUGUAGUUAGUUUCGAAGGAGUAAUAAAUAUUGAUUAGUUAUGUGUAACGAGUAUAAGUAACUAAUGUGUAUCAUAUUUACUUACUUGUUUGCUUUGAUUCUUUAUUUUCCGAGUAAUAAAUAUUGAUUAGACCCUGGUAGUUGAUUGUUAGAGAAACAUUUAAGCUCUCUGAUGGUUGUUCUCUCAAAUUUCUUUAAAUAGCCGCAACAAGUUUAAUUCUUGUUGUGGUUAUCCCUUACUCUCUUCUUUCUCUCACGUAUCUUUCUUUUCUAUUCAUGUCCUUCUAAUCGAAAUGGAUUCAAGGAAUCCAUUGAAUCCCUAUAGUGAGUCCCCUAGUUAUAGCUAUCUUCUCCAUAGCCAAAACUUUCAGUAUGGAAGCUAUCCUUCUACUCAGUAUCCAUCUGAGAUACCUCCUUAUAGUUCACAACAACCUGACGGUCCACCUGAACGUGAAGACCCAGCAGUUGCCUCUAAGGAGAGAAGGCAAUGGACUCCGGCUGAUGACGAGGUCGUCAUAAGUGCUUGGCUCAACACAUCUAAGGAUGCAGUGGUUGGGAAUGAACAAAAAUCAGGGACGUUCUGGAAACGUGUUGCUGAGUACUAUGAAUCUACUCCACAUGCUAAAGAGAGUGGUGAACCAAGAGAGUGGCUCCAUAUUAAGCAGAGGUGGCAGAAGAUUAAUGACCUCACCAACAAUUUUUGCGGUGCUUACUCGGCAGCGGAGAGACAGAUAACUUCUGGUCAGAGCGAGACUGACGUCCUCAAGAUGGCUUAUGAUAUCUACUAUGCUGAUCACAAGAGAAAAUUCAAUCUUGAGUAUGCGUGGUGCGUGUUGAGGUUUGAACGUUCAACAUUCACUCAGCUAAUAUGAUUGUCGAGGAUGAACGUUCAACAUUCACUCAGUAUAACGAGAGAGAAUUUCAAGAAAGCGAAGAAGAGGAUACAUUCACCGUUACUCCGAAUUCAAAUCUCAGCACUGCAAUGGAUCGUCGAUCGAGCGUUCGUAACAGACAAGCCCAUGAACAAUUAAAAUUCGAUUUGAUUGAAAAUAUUUGGGCUAAAUUUGGACAUCUUCCAAAUAACCAAUGAUUUUUAAGUUUCUGUGAAUUGAAUAAAAUGUGUGUUAGCUAUUAUUUUUAAUUUUUUUUAAAUAGAAUGUAGUAAAAUGUUUGUAAUUUUAAUUUAAUGAAAUAAAAAGUUUUUUUUAAUAUAUUGAAUAUAAAUGGAUAAUAUCUUAAUUACUAUUUAUAAAUAAAAAUAAUAUUUUUAACCUAAGAACCUUCGAAAAGUUCUAUUGAUAAUGUAGUAUUUUAGUUAAGUAUCUUACAAAACUUCUUAGACUAAAAAUAGUCAUUAAAUAUUCUAAGAUGUUUGUUAAGAGUUGCCAUUGAUAAUGUUGCUCUUAAUCAUGUUGAUUUAUUCUCCCAGAAAGUAUCUUCAAUGCGUUGAUUAGGUCUGAAAGACGGUGUGUGUUCAGUAUAAAUAUGUGAACAAUCCUCUUCUUGGACUCAUCUUCUCUUUCAAUUCUCUGAAAGGAUCUCCGGUUAAGCGAGGCGGCGAGGGUCGACACGCUCCUCCUGUACGCCAAGGCGACUCUCACCCAAGCCACCGUGAACGUCCAACCGCUGAACACAUUCAGGCAUCUUUUCAAUGUACUAUGUUAGCGACUUUGAGGUAACACAGUCACACAGAGCAAUUUAAACUUCAAGCUGUCCGACUCUCAUGUCUCGAUCGGUUCAAUAGUGGUGUGUCUGUCACUAUGAGUGUAUCGACUCUCACACUGUAUCGUUUCACAAACAACUUAAAGGCUACAAGGUUGACCCAUGUGUGGCUGUUGCAACAUGCAUUAAUCUGAAGCUUAUAGGAGGUAUCAGUUCAUAUCUGUUUUGUUAAUUAUGAGUUUCAUCCUAAUGUUAUUUAUGAAAACUAAUCGAGCUUCAAUUUGGAGGUCAUUUGUUCAUCAAUGCCGCCUGGAACUCAUUUCUAUUUUGACAAGGAGUCUGAAUCUGGCGGUAGUUUCAGUCUCCUGUUCUCGAAUAGCUGUACCUAACAGAAUGACAUCAUCCCAUGUUCUCGCAAAGGCAGCACAGAGCCACGGGUAUACCACCAUCAGAACCUCCAGCCACUAACAGUCUCUCCAUUGACCUCCGUCUAGCGUUUCCGCUACCUUAUGACUAGAUGCCCUGGUAGCGGCAACGUCCAAGCACAUUAUAUUCAAGGAACUCUAGAAUUAUUUAUAUAAAAACAAUUCAGUAACUGGUCUACACCGUGGUUUUCAGAAAAAAGUUUACGUACGGGCCUGUAAGCAUUUACAUUAUUACAAAAAACUCUUUAAUU